UUAGUUAAUGAUGCCUGAAAACUGUAAGAAAGAUAACAAUUUGUAGUGGUUUUACUAACUUUAUGGAUUCAAUUACAGAAAUUGUAAUAGAUGAAGAGGACCCCAUUAAAAGUUUUAUGUUUAGGGACUUAAUUAAAAUUUCCCAAAAAGCUCAAGGACUUCCUGAUGUAUUAAAUCUUCUUUUUUAAUUAGUAACAAAAAAUGGCUUUACAUGGUUUGGGAAAAUUCCCCUCAGCCUUCUCACUUUGUUUUCAUUAUGUAAACAGUAUUGGAGUAAUAUGUACAAAGAAGCCAUGAUAAUUUAUUGCACUUUACUCAUCUAUUUGUAAAGUUUACUUUUGAAAAAUAUUUCAAAUUUAUUUUCUCUCACAAAAAAAAUCAAUUUGAAUAUACCCUGACUUCUCUUAUCUCGUAAAUUUUAACAUUUGUAUUUUAUCCAUUAAUUGUCCUAUAUGUGUACUUGAUAACAUCUAAUACUAUGCAUGUGAGCAUACUUUUGUAGUAUAACACCUUUCAUGGUAGUUAGCUUGGUUAGCUGCGUAGAAAAAACAGGCAUUGAUAAUCUCCUUUUACGUCAUUGUAUUUUCAUUCCCCAAUUAUAUCUUUAUUGUUUCUUUCUCUAUUAAACUACCAUAUCCAUCAUAUAUUAUGUAUAAUCAUUUCAAUAGUUCUGGUUCUUUUUUCUCUUGCAUUUGUUGACUAAUAACACAUGUUUCUUUGUUGCCCUUUUCAUUUGCUAGGACUGAGUCUGAAUUUCUUAAGGACAUUGUUAAUGAUGUUUUGCGAAAAUUGACUCCUAGAUACCCCAACCAACUUAAAGGACUGGUUGGAAUUGAGGAAAGUUAUGAACAAAUUGAAUCAUUACUAAAAAUUGGGUCAAGUGAAGUUAAAACCCUUGGAAUAUGGGGCAUGGGUGGCAUAGGUAAGACCACCCUUGCUACUGCUUUAUUUGAAAAACUGUCUUAUGAGUUUGAAGGUCGUUGUUUCCUCACAAAUGUAAGGGAAAAAUCAGACAAGCUCGGAGCUUUACGUGAUGAACUUUUAUCUAAGUUGUUAGAGAAUAAAAAUUAUGGGUUUGAUAAUUUUGACUUGAGUAGGCUUCGACGUAAAAAAGUUUUCAUUGUCCUGGAUGAUGUGGCUACCUCACAGCAAUUAGAAAAAUUAAUCGAAGAAUAUGAUUUCUUGGGACCAGGAAGUAGAGUCAUUGUUACAACUAGAAAUAAGCAAAUACUUAGCCUAGUUGAUAUAAUAUAUCAGGUCCAGGAAUUGAGCUCUCAUCACUCUCUUCAACUUUUCUGUUUGACUGUUUUUGGAGAAAAACAAUCUAAAGAGGGAUAUGAAGACUUAUCAAUAAGUGCAAUUUCCUAUUGCAAAGGUAUUCCUUUGGCUCUAAAAGUCCUUGGUGCAAGUCUUCGUAAAAAGAGUAAAGUGGUAUGGGAAUGUGAGUUGAGAAAACUCCGAAAGAUUCCAAAUAAGGAAAUUUAUAAUGUGCUAAAAUUAAGUUAUGAUGGCUUAGAUCGUUCUCAAAAGGACAUCUUUUUAGACAUUGCGUGCUUUUUCAAAGGAUGGGCAAGAGAUAGGCUAACAAGUAUACUGGAAGCUUGUGAUUUCUUUGGAGCAUCUGGGAUACAAGUCCUUUUAGAUAAAGCUCUCAUAACAGUUUCAGAUCGCAAUCACAUAAAAAUGCAUGACUUGAUACAAGAAAUGGGUUGGGAAAUUGUUCAUGAAGAAUCUAUCAAAGAUCUUGGAAGGCGAAGUCGUUUGUGGAAACAUGAGGAAGUGCACCAUGUUUUGAAAUAUAACAAGGGAACUGAUUUUGUUGAAGGCAUAAUUUUAGAUUUGGAGAAAUUAGCCGGCGAUCUAUAUUUGAGCUCUGAUUCCCUUGCAAGGAUGACUAACAUGAGAUUUCUUAAAAUUUAUAGACAAAAGUGGGGUCGCAAAUUUAGUUUGUACCUUCCUAAUGGUCUCGAGUCAUUGUCUUAUAAAUUGAGGUACCUUGAGUGGGAAGGAUUCUGUCUCAAGUCUUUGCCUUCUAACUUUUGUGCCGAACAACUUGUAGAGCUUCACAUGUGGGAUAGCAAGCUUAAAAAGCUCUGGGAUGGGGUUCAGAAUCUUGUGAAUUUAAAGACAAUUGACCUUGACUACUCCCAAGACCUGUUUGAGAUCCCAGACUUAUCUAUGGCAAAAAAACUUGAAAGAGUGUCUCUUUUUGGGUGUGAAAGCUUGUGUCAGCUCCAUCCAUCCAUCUUAUCUCUCCCCAAGCUUACAUAUUUGUUUUUAAGUGGUUGCACAAAAAUUGAAAGCCUUAACAUUCAUUCAAAAUCUCUCAGUGUACUCAGACUCAGAGGUUGUUCAUCUCUCAAGGAAUUCUCAGUGACAUCAGAGGAAAUGACACAUUUGGACUUAUCUCAGACUGCAAUAUGUGCAUUGCUGUCAUCAAUGUUAUCUCUCCCCAAGCUUACAUAUUUAUAUUUAAGUGGCUGUAAAGAGAUUGUAAGCCUUAAUGUUCAUUUAAAAUCUCUCCGUGUACUAACACUCACUUGUUGUUCGUCUCUUGAGGAAUUCUCAGUGACAGCAGAAAGGUUGACACUUUUGGAGUUAUCUGACACCGCUAUAUGUGCAUUGCCAUCAUCAAUUGGUCACUUACUGUCUAUAGAAGAGUUAGACCUUCGCGGAACUAAUAUUGAGCACUUGCCUAAAAGCAUCAAGGUCCUUUCAAUGUUGAGAAUUCUUUGGUUAAAUGAUUGCAAGAAACUCUUGUCUCUGCCAGAGCUUCCACCAUCCUUGAGAGAGCUCUAUUUAAAUGACUGCCGCAAACUCAUGUCUUUGCCCGAGCUUCCACAAUCAGUGAAAGAGGUGAGUGCCUUUAACUGCAUUUCUCUGGAGACAGACAUCACUCAAGGGCUAGUGUUACAACACAUGUUACAAAGCCACGUGCAUCAACAAUAUCUUUACAAUCCUGUGUAUUUUGAUGGUGGGUAUUUCAUCUUCCCGGGUGACCAUGUCUUCAAUGAGUGUGAGCUUCUUACAACAAAGAGUUCAAUAAAUAUUCCAUCACUUCCAAAAUCUCACUUGUGGGGUUACAUUUUUUGCAUCAUUCUUUCUGAGGGACUAGUCUCAGAUCAUCAGGUUUUUUGUUCUAUCUAUCAAGAUGACAUAUUGGUAGGCUGCGACCAUCGCAGGUUUAUAGGAUGUGAAAAUUUAAUUUCAGAUCACGUGUUAUUUUGGUAUCAUAAUGUCAGCAAAUUUCGCAGAUUAAGUGAAGUGUAUGAUCCUUUCAGUAACAUGGCAUUCAUAUUUGAAUUUAAUGGCAAUAAAGAUACCAUAAAAGGGUGUGGGGUUUUUCCUGUUUAUGCCACAGCAUCCGGGUUUAAUCUGAUGGAAAUUUUUGAUAAUGAAUCGCAACAAAGAGCAAAUGGAGUUGAAUAUGGAGGCUCUAAUAAUGGAAGUGAAGAAAACCGGGAACAACUUUGUGCGACCAAGAGGAGGAGGACUGCACGUGAUAAUCUUCCUGUGAUUACUUCAUCCAGUCCAUGAUUGUAUGCUCCUUAUCUAUUAUUUUUUCCUAAAUGAAAUUAGUGCUUUAAAUAUAGAAAUUAGCAGUUGGAAUUUGGAAAUACUAUUGAUUUUAGAAAGUUAUGCCUUGUGUAUUGCAGUAACAUUGUGCUAUACCAUUGCAUGUUGAGCAACUUUUCUUGACUCUUAUGGAGAAUGUUGAUGGGAAAUGAGCACUACCUCGUUGGCAAUCAAAGCAGUACUCAUAAUUGUUUGGGGGUGUAUUUCUCUUCAUUUAUAAAUAAAAAGGGAUAUUAUUGCAGUAUUCACUCUACAGUAUCCUUGGACAUGAUACAUGCAAUGAUGGAUCUAUAUUGACCACUGUGGGGGCAGUGCCCCCACUAACAUUUUACAAUUUUUUUACAUAAUAUACAUACUAUAUUACAAUUUCA